ACCGCAGCAUGUGGAGUUGGCAAACCGCUAUAUAUAUAUCACUUCACAGUUGACAGUUGACGUUGAACAAAUAAAAGUCAGCAGUUGUCAGAUUGUAAUAAUAACAAACGGUUGUUGGUCUUAUUUGAUUUUAUUAUCAUUUCUAGUGAUUAGGAGGCCUUAUAAUGCUUACAUUAUGGAAUUUAUUUGAAGCUACAUUACUUUGUCUAAACGCAGUCUGCGUCCUUCACGAAGAAAGGUUUAUGCAAAAAAUGGGAUGGGGAUCAAAUUCACCAAAUCAAGGGUUUGAGGACCAGUCUUCUGUUAAGUUUCAAGUUCUAAAUCUUGUCAGGUCAAUACGAACAGUUACAAGAAUUCCACUCAUUAUUUUAAAUAUAUUAACAAUAAUAUUUAAAUUACUAUUGGGAUAGUGAACAGUUUUGAAGAUAAACAAGGAACAUUCUUACUAUGAGAGGAAGGAUUACAACUAAUAAAUAAAUAAUAUUUUAUUAUUAUA